AGGAGCCGGGAAAAGAUAGAAAAGCCAUCAGUGUGGCCCAGCAGCUCACCGCACUCUUUCCCAGCUCUCCCGGCCUGCGCUCCAGCCCUGCUGCAGCCAUGAGGUUCUCCGUGUCUCAGCAGACGUCCUCCACCAAAGGGGCCUUCAGCUCUAACUCUGCCAGCGGAGGGGGCGGCUCCCGGGCCCCCAGCAGCAUCAGCUGGGUUACCGUGUCCCGGAAUGGUGGCAGCGGUGGGAGAGCCUGCUGUGGCCCCAGCACGGGCGGCUUUCGCAGCCGGAGCCUCUAUAACUUGGGGGCCAGCAAGAGCAUCUCGGUCAGCAUGGCUGGAGGGGCCUCAUCUGGACAGGCCCGGGGAGGCUUCGGCCUCGGUGGUGGGGCCUAUAUGGGCCUGGGGGCUGCCAGGCAGACGUUCGGGCCCUCCUGUCCUCCUGGAGGCAUCCAGAAGGUCACUGUCAGCCAGAGCCUGCUGACCUGCCUCAAUGUGGAGAUCGACCCAGAGAUCCAGCGGGUGCGCACCCAGCGGCGGGAGCAGAUCAAGAGCCUGAACAACAAGUUUGCCUCCUUCAUCGACAAGGUGCAGCUCCUGGAGCAGGAGAACAAGGUGCUGGAGACCAAGUGGGCGCUGCUGUAGGAGCAGGGCCAGAAAUUGGGCAUCACCUGGAACAAUCUGGAGCCCCUCUUUGAGUACUUCAUCAACAACCUAUGGGGGAAGCUGGACAACCUCCAGAGUGAGCAGAGGAGGCUGGACUCAGAGCUGAAGAACGUGCAGGAUCUCGCUGAGGACUUCAAGAGCAAGUAUGAGGAUGAAAGCAACAAGCGCACUGCCGCAGAGAACGAGUUUGUGGUGCUCAAGAAGCAGGGAGAUGUGGAUGCUGCAUACAUGGGCCAAAUGGAUCUGCAUGGCAUGAUAGACAUCCUGAUAGAGGAGACGGAGCUCUUGAGGCAUCUUUAUGAAGAAGUAAGACAGCCAGUGGACAGAGAUACUUCCAUUCACAUACAGCUUUGGGGAUUCCCCCUGGAAGUCUGAUCAGAAUUCACUAGUGCAACUUAAUUGAUAGAAUAUAGCACCUGGACCUUUAAUCAAUACUCGCUUCCAUUUUUAUGUGCUUAUGAUGGGCCAGGAACUGAGCUAAGCUUUUUACAUAAUCCUCUCAACAACUCCAUAAUACAGGUUCUAUUAUUGUCUCCCUUUUAUAGUCAGGGACACUGAGGCUCUGAGUAACUUGCCCAUGGUCACACAGCUAGUUAGAAGCAGUUCUGAAAUGAAAACCUGGUCCUUGGACUGUUACACUGUUCCCCUUGUUGCCCAGUUUGUAAUGGAGCAAGGGAUGCAGGAGCAGAGAUGGGCAGAGAGCGGGGACUGAAAUUCCACGUUAGAGCAGGAGGUGAGGUGUGGGUAGCAGGUAGGUCACAGAAUCUAGGAGGGGUCCCAGGAAACAAGGGGGCUUUGAAGACUAAGGUAAGAGGGUUGAACUGGACAUGAGUUGAUGAUAGGCUCUUAGAUUCAGUAGGGAGCCCAAGGCCAACCUUAUGCUCAGAAUAAGAGCCCUUUCUCUAAUAUCCCUGAUGGCGGGCAUGUAGCUUCUACUUGAAUACUUCUAGAGGCGGGGAGCUCACUCUUUUUUAGGGCAGGCAUUUCCAUUGUUGAACAACCAUAUUGGAAAGCUGACUUGAACCUUCUUCCCUUGACUUCUGCUCUAGAUUGGCCGAUUCUGCCUCUGGGCUGCACGUAUCCAAUUGUCUUCCAGGUGACACAUGUCUGUCAUAUGAGAACAAUUUAGUGGUCUGGAUGAUUAGUGAAGUGACAUUUGUGGCAUGUGAGAAAGUUGGGGAAACAGCUUCCUUAGUCCAGAAUCCAGAAAACAGAGAGGUGGGGAGGAAGGUUACAGAUACAGACUUCUCUUCAUGCAGCCUAAUAUUGUACUAGUUUAUGUGUUAUUUUUAGAAGCCAUUUCACAAUGUAUAAUCAACUAAUAUUUGAUGAGAGCCAAGAAUACUCGAUGUAGAAAAGACAGUCUUUUCAAUAAAUGGCACUGGGAACAUUGGAUAUUCACAUGUAAAAGAAUAAAACUAGACCCCUAUCCUACACCACUCACAAAAUCAACUUGAAAAUAAUUGAAGACUUAAAUGUAAGACCUGAAACCAUAAAACUUCUAGAAGAAAACAGGAAAAACCUUCUUGACAUGGGUCUUGGUAAUAAUUUUUGAGGUGUGUGACACCUAAAGCACAAGAGAGAAAAUAAAAAAUGAACAAGUGGACGACAUCAAACUAAAAACUUCUGCACAGCAAAAGAAAUGAUCAGCAACAUGAAAGUUCCACCUAUGGAAUGAGAGAAAAUAUUUGCAAACCACAUAUCUGAUAGGGGGUUAAUAUCCAAAAUAGAUAAGGAACUCAUACAACUCAAUAGCAAAAGCCUCCAAAUAAUCCAAAAAGGAAGAGGACCAAAGAAACAUCUUUUCCAAAGAAGAUAUUCAACAGGUACAUGAAAAGGAUGAAAAGGUGCUCAGCAUCACUAAUUAUCAGGGAAAUGCAAAUUUUUGCAAAAUGCAAAAUGCAAAAAUGCAAAAGCCACUAUGAGGUAUCACCUCAUGCUUGUUAGAAUGGCCAUCAUCAAAAAGACAAGAAGUAACAGAUGCUAGUGAGGAUGUGGAGAAAAGGGAACCCUUGUGCACUAUUGGUGAGAAUGGAAAUUGGUGCAGCCAACUGUGGAAAACAGUGUGGAGGUUCCUGAAAAAAUUAAAAAUAGAACUCCCGUAAGAUCCAGCUAUUUCACUUUUGAGUAUUUAUAUGAAGGAAACAAGAUCACUAUGUUGAAGAGAUAUCUGCACUGCCAUCUUCAUUGCAGCAUUAGUUACAAUACAAGGAAGACGUGGAAACAACCUAAGUGCCCACUGGCAGGUAAAGAAGAUGUGGUUUAUAUAGAAAAUGGAAUAUCAUUCAGCCAUAAGAAAGAAGGAAAUCCUGUCAGUGCUACAAUAUGGAUGGACCUUGAGGGCAUGAUGCUAAAUGAAAUAACUCAGACAAAGAAAGACAAAUACUGUAUGAUCUCACUUACAUGUGGAAUCUAAAAACAAAAACAAAACCAAAAAAAUCCCCCAAAAACCUCAUAGAAAGAGAGAUCAGAUUUGUGCUCACCAGGAGCAGGGUAUGGGGAGUGGGGAAAUUGGGUGAAUGUGGUCGAAAGGUACAAACUACCAGUUAUAAGAUAUGUUCUGAAAAUGUGAUAUACAACUUGCUGACUAUAGUUAAAAAUGCUGUAUGGGAUAUUUGAAAGUUGCUCAGAGAGUUAAUCCUAAAAGUUCUCACCACAAGGAAGAAAAAUUUUUUUGUAGCUGUAAGAGGUAAUGGACAUUAACUAAACUUACUAUGGUAAUCAUUUCGCAGUAUAUCCAUAUGUCAAGUCAUUAUGCUAUAUACCUUAAACUUACACAGUGUUAAAUGUCAAUUGCAUCUCAAUAAAACUGGAAAAAAAUCCACAUCUUAAUUAGACGUUGUGGUUCACAAAUAUGUUACUUUGCCUAUGACCUUCACAGCAGCCCCAGAAUUUAGUAGGGGGCAAAUGAUACCCCUUUUUGCAGGUGAGGCAAUUAAGGCUCACCGAAGUUAACUUUCACACCUGCGGCGGUAUAGCUGGUGAGUGGUAACCAAGGCUGCCAAUUUCAAGCCCUCCACCCUUUCUUCACAGUGGCAACCUCCGUCCUACCUCUGUUUCCGUCACUCGCCAAAUCAUGUGGAGCCUUCCUCCACUGUGUCUCUAGGAGUCACCCCUUUCCCUCUUCAUCUCCACACCUCCCUACUCUGAG